AUGCGCACCACCAGUCUUGUCCUCCUCUCGCUUGCGUCGGCGUCCUCGCUCGUCGCCGCCAAGCCGGCGGAAGGCGGUUCCAUCGAGGCGCUCCUCGACCGCGUCGCCCAGCGCAGCAACCCCUCCGCCUCUGCUAAGCCAUCUGAGACGCCUGUCGUUGUCGAGGACGGCGUCAAGCCGGCUCCGGCUGUCGAGAAGGCGGACCUUUCGGUCGAAGAGGACGAUGGCCCUCGCAACAAGCUCGUCAGGCGCUCUCGCGCUCAGAAGCACGAGAAGAUGGCGAAGAGAUGGGUGUGGGCGACAAGCAUCAUCCAGGACGGUGCCACGGGCGCUCCUCCCGUCGGUAGCAAUGCCAACCUCUUGUCCUCGUCGACCACAAUCGCCGCCGACACCCCGGCUGCGACUCUCGUCGCUCCGUCGUUCCCGCCCGUCAGCAGUGUGGGCGCGAGCAGCACCGUCGCUCCCGCUGUCGCCAAUGCUACCUCCUCGUCGACGACUGCCUCGGUCGCUAGCCAGACGACCGGUCUCUUGACCAAGGUUCGCCAGACAUUCAAGCAGCGCGAGCACGCCCUCAUCGCUCGCGACUACGAGGAUGAGGAGGACGACUACGCUGACGAGGAGAUCGAUUUCGAGGACGAGGAGGACGAUGUCGAGGAGCGCCAGGAGAAGAAGCGCUGGGUCUGGGCGACCGGCAUCAUCCAGGACGGGGCUACGGACGCCCCUCCUAUCGGCCAGAACGCCAAUCUCCUCACGCCUUCGACGACCAUCGUCCUCAACACGCCGGCCGCGACGCUCGUCCCGCCGACUUUCGCUCCCGUUGCUGCCACGACUCCCGCUGCGUCGCAGGCUCCCAACGUCCUUGUCGCGCCGGUCGCGGUCAACUCCUCGUCGACCACUACGUCGGCCCCGAAGACGUCGAUGACACCUGUGGCGCGCAAGUUCGGCCACAAGGCCGUCGGUCGCGCGUUCCACGGCCAACAGGAGAGCAGGCGCUGGGUUUGGGCCACGUCCAUCAUCCAGGACGGCGCUUCGGAUGCUCCGCCGGUCGGCGAGAACGCCAACCUCCUCAGCUCGUCCGCCUACCCGGUCACGACGCCUGCUGCCGCCCUCACGCCGCCUUCGUUCCCUCCCGUGGCGGCCUCGAGCUCCAUCUCGUCCUCUACCACGCCUCCUCCCGCCCCGUCGUCGACGACCGUCCCGCCUCCUGCCAUUGCUGUCGCCGCCGCUCCGACGACCCUCGCUGCGCCCGCCGCUGCCACCACGACGUCGGCAGCUCACGGCCUCGCCGCUUUCAACCCCAAGCACAUCUUCGAGGAGAUUGAGGCGGGCUUUGAGAAGCUCUUCCACAUCCAUCAGUCGACGACGACCGCCGCACCCGUCCAAUCGACCUCGGCUGCGCCGAACGCAAAGCGCUGGGUUUGGGCGACCUCGAUCAUCCAGGACGGCGACCCUAACGCUCCCCCCGUCGGCUCGAACUACAACCUCCUCUCGGGUACGACGCCCGCCAACACGCCUGCGGCCACCCUUGUCCCGCCCUCGUUCCCGCCCGUGAAGGCCACCCCGCCUUCCUCGUCGACCACAACUCCUGCCGCUUCGAAGACGCCCGUCCUCGCUGCCUCGCCGGUCUCGCAUUCGCCGACCCACCGCGUUCUGUUCAAGGAUCGCCACCCUGCCUCGGCCUCGUCGCCUCCGCCUGUCGUCGCUGCUGCUAACGCCGCAGUCACCCAGUCAAUGCUCUCGGCCGCGACCAAGCCAACGUCCGCCGCUCAGCAGUGGUACCGCGCGGACCCGAAGAGGAAGAGGAUGGCUCGUGCCAAGCGCGCUUAG